AUGGAGUCAGUGAAGCUUUUGACAACAGAGGUUCCUCUGUGGUCUGAAAACAGCAGCUCAUCGCUCCCUUCAAACUACCUCAUAUCCGGAGAGUUCGCCACCAUCCGCCUCAUGGUCCCGCCGUACAUCUUCACUGUAUCCGUGCUCGGCCUCCUCUUGAACACCUUUGUCCUGUGCGUGUUCCUCGCUCACAAAGAUCGACUGACUGUGGCGGAGGUCUACCUGAGCAACCUGGCUCUGGCCGACUUCGCCCUCUUGUGCGGUCUCCCCUUCUGGGGCACCAACAUCCUCAAUGGCUACAACUGGCUGUACGGAGACACCUUGUGCAAAAUAGUCAACUGCAUCAUCACGGUGAACUUCUACACCAGCAUCUACACCCUGGUCAUGAUCAGCGUCGACCGCUAUCUGGCGAUUGUGAUGACCAUGAAGGCGAGGUGGCUGCGAAGGACGCGGCACGCCAAGGUCAUCUGCGUCUUCCUGUGGAUAUUUGGGUUCUCGCUCAGCACACCGACCACGCUGCACAGAAAGGUGACGUACGUUGAAGAAUUCCAGAUGACUGCCUGUGUGCUGGAUUACGGCAGGUCCUGGAAGUUAGCCAAUCACCUUCUUCUGAAUAUUGUUGGCUUUGUCAUGCCUGCUCUGGUGAUUGUGUUCAGCAGCUGGGCUAUAAUCAAGUCUUUAGCUCGGAGGAAGGAAAAUGUAGGUCUUCAUGACGUUAACGACACAAAGGCCUCGAUGUUGCUCUAUGCCGUCACGGUGCUCUUCGUCACUUGUUGGGGACCCUUCCAGGUCUUCACCUUCCUCGAAACCCUCUGCGAAGUCCACGUGCUGGACAUCAAACUGUGGUCCCAUACUUUGAACGUAGGAGGGCAGGUUUCGGCCUAUCUGGGAGUCCUUAACAGUGCCAUGAAUCCUCUGCUGUAUGUCCUAUCAGGGCAAUACUUCAGGAAGAAAGUUUGCGCCAUCUACAGGAGGACUCUACAUCAGCGUAGAGGAUCAGACAUGACCACCUAUCAACGCUCUGUCGCGUCCACGUACAUUCACAGACCUGAGCAGAUAAAGCCUGUUGUCAUUUAG